AAGACAGCAAAACACCAUUGAACCUUCAGUUUCUCUUAUUCUAUUUACCAUGAGCCACAGCAUUUAAAACAAUGAGAGGUUAUAUUGUGUUCACCCUAUUGGUCUGGAUCGUUAAUGGUGUGUUCAGUGAUGAAGUGUCAGUGAAUGAGGGAGAUUCAGUCUCUCUAAACACUGGUGUUAUCAAACAACCUGACAACCUGAUGCUGUGGUAUUUCAACGACACUCGCAUAGCUCUGAUCAACAGAGAUCCCAGUACGAGCUGUCUGUAUGAUGGAGAACACAGGAGAUUCAGAGACAGAGUUGAGGUGGACUAUGAGACCGGAUCUCUGACCAUCACCAACAUCAGAUCUGAACACGCUGGACGUUAUGAAGCAGUGAUUAACAGAAGCAAGAGCUCAGGAACCAGCAAAAGCUUGAACAGUGACAGCAAGUGUAACAGCACAAAAAUCAUCAAAAGAAAAAAUAGCACUCAAGCUGAAACCAUAAAAACAUUCAAUGUUUUUGUCACUGUUCCAGGUUCAGGUCUGUCUGCAGGUGCUGUAGCAGGAAUAGUUGUUGGUCUGCUGGUGUUUGCUGCAGCUGUUGCAUCUGCUGGUGUGAUCUACUAUCGCCACAGGAGCUCCAGACAGGGUGUGGAGAGACCGAAUCUAGAGCUUCUGAAGAAAGACCAAGUAUGA